AAAAAUUACUCGUGAGAAAUAGGGCACAUGUGCGGACAUAUAUCCGAUGUUUACGACUCAAUCUCGCUCGUCCAGUUACUGAUUUUCUUCUGGAUUUUACUGAUUUCUUGGUUUUGACUCAAGGGUCAAGACCUGGAGAAGAACCAGUGGUGGGAGAACGAUUUAUUUAGAGAGAGAGAGAGAGACUCAAGAUCAAACACUCCAUUGUACAAUUUGAUGGGGUUUUCUGAUUAGUGAUUAUCCUCUCCUCUUUGCGAUCACCGAAAAAGGAUUGGGUUUUGGCUUGAAUGAUUGAUAUCGAUACGGUUUUUUCGAGGGAUUCUUGAUUAUUAGCUGUUGGUCAAAAUGGUUGGGUCAGAUGAGAAUCAUCCGGGUGUAAUCAGGCCCUCCAAUGUUGUAGGGGGAUUACACCCCGGAGUUGGAAAAAUCGGAGCCGGAAUGGGGCAAACCCGGAGAGCUUUAAGUACGAUUAACCGCAACAUCAUUGGAGCUCCUCCUCACCCUUGUGCAGUUCACAAGAGAGGGGCAUUGUCUGAAAACAAUGGAAUCUCAACUAAGAACCAACCCAUCCCGGCACAUCGACCAGUUACUAGGAAGUUUGCUGCACAAAUGGCUAGUAAACAGAAGCCACGAAUACCUGAGGAAACAAAGAAACUGGUCCAAUCAGUUCCAGUUCCGGCUGAAUCAGAAGAUUGCGCCAUCAUAGAUGUGGAUGAUUAUAAGGCAGCCAGUGCCUUCCCUGUGCCAAUGUUUGUGCAGCACACUGAGGCAUUGCUAGAUGAAAUAGAUCGGAUGGAGGUUGAAAUGGAAGACACAAGUGAAGAACCAGUUGUUGACAUAGACAGCAAUGAUAAGAAGAAUCCGCUAGCUGUUGUUGAGUACAUAGAUGAUAUAUACUCAUACUACAAGAAAGUAGAGAGUUCUAGCUGUGUAUCACCAAACUAUAUGGCACAACAAUUUGAUCUUAAUGAAAGGAUGAGAGGCAUUUUGAUUGACUGGCUCAUUGAGGUUCACUAUAAGUUCGAGCUAAUGGAGGAGACCUUAUAUCUGACUGUGAAUCUUAUUGAUAGAUUCUUAGCAAUCCAACCUGUAGUGAGGAAGAAGCUCCAGCUUGUUGGAGUAACGGCAAUGCUUCUCGCUUGCAAAUAUGAGGAAGUUUCUGUUCCUGUUGUAGAGGAUCUCAUUCUGAUAUCUGACAAGGCUUACAGCCGAAAGGAUGUGCUUGAUAUGGAGAAAUUGAUGGUGAACACAUUACAGUUUAAUAUGUCAGUUCCAACUCCAAAUGUGUUUAUGAGGAGGUUCCUCAAAGCUGCAGAAUCUGAUAAAAAGCUGGAGCUUCUGUCUUUCUUCAUAAUUGAGCUGUGCUUGGUUGAGUAUGAAAUGCUCAAGUUCCCACCGUCUCUACUAGCUGCCGCAGCAGUCUUCACUGCUCAGUCUGCUCUCUGUGGGUACAAGAAAUGGAGUAUGACCAGUGAGAGGCAUACUAACUACUCUGAAGAUCACCUCAUGGAAUGCUCAAGGUUGAUGGUUACUUUCCAUCAGAAGGCAGGCAACGGAAAACUCACGGGCGUGCACCGAAAGUAUAACACUUCGAAAUAUGGUUAUGCUGCAAAAUCAGAACCGGCUCACUUCCUGUUGGAGGAUAAAUCCUAGUGCAGAGAAGAACCAAUUGAAACAGUAACUAAGUAUAACAGCGGGGUUGGGGGGAUGCAAUUGUGCAACAUAAGUUGCCCCGGGGUACUAUUGUUGAAAUUCAUUGCAAGUGACUUUUUUUAUUUGAUGUUCUUUCUGAACAUACUGGAAGGAUGAGUUUCUCUUUAGACUUUUGUAAUUUGUUGAGUUCUACUAGAACUAUUUCCAGAUUUUUUUUCCCUGUGAAUGAUAAAACCUGUAGUUCGUUU